AUGAGUAAACACAAAGUGGAGGUGGAUUGCACCAUACGGUGUAGAUCACGUCUUCACGGACAAGCUAUAACAAGUGCUAUUACCAAACGUGAUAUUAGUGAUGAAGCGUUGGCCAGUUUUAUUAAGGGGACGUGUGCUAAUUUUGUCAAAGCAUUUGAUUUUGAGGGCCGAACUGCCUUGCACACAGCAGCCUCCUGUGGCAGGCUUCGUUUGAUGGAUUGGCUGAUUCGACAUUCUUCAGAGGCUUUUAAAAACGCACGUGACCGUGAAUCAGGGUAUACACCGUUGCAUAGGAGUAUAUUUUAUGGACAGAUACAAACAGCCGUGGAUCUCAUGAAAGCUGGUGCAAACACUGACAUAGUUGAUAAAGAUGACUACAGAGCUCUCGAACAUGCAAUGCUUGACCGUCAAUACACGUACAAGCAUGAAGGCAAUCAACCGAGUGAGGUGUAUGUGUGGGGUAAUAACUCCAAUUACACCCUUGGCACUGGCACACAGCAGGAGCGUGCUACGCCUGAACUACUCACAUGUUUCAACAGAGCCAACACAUAUGUGAAACAGGUGUGCUUAGGGAAGUUUCACAGUGUCUGGUUAUGUGGUGUGGGAGAAGCGUGGUGCUGUGGCCAGUUGGCGCGAGCUGGAGGGCCGCACGCGACCGCCUUGAGUCCUACUCCAUUGAGACUGCCAGAACCGUGUGCUGCUAUCGCCAUUACUCUGAAUUCUACUAUAUUUUUAAUGGAGAGCGGAAUGGUAUUACAAUACACCCUAAACAGUACCGAUAACGUCAGUCAAUCGAGUAUAAAGGCUCCUUCCUCAAUAAAAUUACCUUCUAUAAAGCCUUUGAUCAAGUUGUCCAACCCCUUGGGCAUCCGCGCAUCUCGUUAUCAUGCGGUUGUGUGGAACACCCGCGCGGUUUAUACUUGGGGCAUUAAUAUGGGACAGCUGGGACAUUCCAAUGAGGAUAAGGUUGUUUCUGCACCUAAACGGGUGACAUUUUAUGUGAAUAAUAAGGAGGAAGCUGGUAUUGAGCUGGUGGACGUCGGCGAGGCCGCCACAGUCAUCAGCACAAGUCGCGGUGAUGUGUAUUUGUUACACAAGUACAUUUGUAAGAAGAUUGCUAUCAAGCAAAUAAAUCUCCGUCAAGUAUGUGUCGAGGCUAAAGUCAGCGAGGUGGGCGUGUACUCGCGAGUCACCGUGUUAUUGUUGACCAAUGUUGGACAACUCUUCAUAUGGCAGGACACUACCAACAAACUUACUAGAUGUGUAUUCGGGCUCGUCCACCAAACAAUCGUUACCAACGUUUCACUUACCCACGACGCACUCUACUUCACCACUAAGUACGGCGAAGCGUUCAUUGGCUUCAUCUCCCGUAAAGCUUCGCCCAUAGCCCAACCGCAACCAAUCAAGAAAGAGAACGACAAAGACGGCAGAUCCGCUCUCGUGAAGUUUUUAGAGAAAGAUGACUGUACUUCUGUGAAGAUCUCUAAGAUUUCUAAUAUUUAUAGAGCGGUGGCUGUUUCUGUUGAUAGUGAAGGGAACAACUUUGCUUGCCUACAGAUAAAACCAACUUGUGGAUUAAAGUCACUCCCACAAUUGUCUCCCUCAAGUCUGUCCAAGCACAUGGAAUCUCUUCGCGAAAGUGCCACAGAUAAUGAUUUGCUACACGAUGUCAUAUUCAAGGUCGGCACAAAACUGUAUCCAGCACACAUUUUCAUUAUCGCCUCUAGCAGCGAAUACCUCUACAAGUUAUACAAAGAUGCCUGCGCCAAUCCAGGCGACAAGCCCCAGAUCGCACUGGAGAAUGUCCACCCAGAAGCGUUCGAUAGGGUCAUGAAAUACAUGUAUACUGGCACUUGUGAUGUAGCAGAACUGGGGCCUUGUGCCUUAAAGAUUAGAAAGGAAGAAUUGAUAGGGAAGAAAGAGAAGGAAAAUAUUGAAGUUGAAGAAGAAAUUAUUGAUAAUCCCUCCGAAAUAUCAGCGUUCGAAGUGUACAACAAAAAAGACGAAAAGACCAAGCGUCGACACCGACGCAACACAGACACCCCACCGCGCAUCCAUCUGUACUGUGACCCCGUCAAGCUCGUUCAAGCCACUGCUAAACGACUGCAAGUGAUGGCACUCCACAAAUUGCUUGAUAAGUUCUUUUACAAAGAUGGUAAUAUUCGAUUGAAAGAAAGUGCUACAUAUUCACGAAACAUGGCAUCGCCAUGGGAACGGGAGACACUCACUGAACUGGUGGAUACAAGCGUUGUAUCAAAGGAUAACGUUUCAAUACCAGCUCACAAGUGCGUAUUAGCAGCAAGGCUGGAGUAUUUCAACGGAAUGUUUAUGCAUUCUUGGACUGAGAGUAAACUACUGUCAAAAGUGACGUUGCCUAUCAACUAUGGGAUUCUACUGCCUGUCAUCAACUUCCUCUACACAGAUUUAUGUCCCGAACUAGAAAACUGCGAUAGUAUAGACUUUAUAUGUAACCUGAUGAUUGUAGCUGAUCAGCUCUUUAUCGGCCGUCUGCGGGAAAUGUGCGAAGUCGCUCUAGCUAAUCUGAUUAAUUUGAAAAAUUGUACAGAACUUUGCCAGUUCGCACACACUUAUAAUGCUUGUCAGCUAAAACAAUGCUGUAUGGAAUUUAUAUCACUAAAUCUAUGCAGUGUACUGGAAAACAGAUCUUUAGAUUUACUAGAAGAAAAAUUAUUAGAUGAUAUUACAAAGUAUUACUGCAAAUUCAAUCCCAUAAUGUCUUCCAGAAUAAUCACACCAUUUUUUAAUGCACCAUCUGAUGAGAUUAUUGAAGAAUUCGCUAAAGCUUAUCCUGUUAAUUUAGCAAUAACUGACGAAGAGUAUAAGAAAGAUGAUAGUAUUAUCGAAAUGCCGAAGAAAAAGAGUAAACAGAAGAAGAUUGAGUAUACAGAGAGCGAGAAAGAACGUAUGAGAUAUGAAUCAGUAAGUUCGGUGACUUCUUUAGACUUGUCCAAUGAAGUCUCAGGUGAUAUUACUUUAUCUUUAAGUAAGAUAUCUAAGGAUGCUGAGAAAGGAUCUCGAGAGAAACAAGAAAAGUGGAUAGAAGUGCCAUCUUCCCAACAAAAACAAAAAGUUGUCCAAGCAAGAUUAAAAGCUAUUAGUAGUGCGAGAGAUAUAAUGAAUGAAACUCCUACCGAAUCUUUUACAAAACUUACCAAAAGUAGUUCUUCAAGUGCCAUGACAAUACAAGAUAAAAUACCGACUUCAUCACGUAUGUCAGUUUCACCACAAGACUCAAUAAAGAGUCCACAGGGUAAUGUGACUAUUAGUCACGUGGGACCAAAAUUAUCUCAGAAACAACGGAAAAAGUUAGCUUUGCAGGGCAUAGAUUCUGCAUCGCAAAGUAUCAUAGAGCAUUUUAACAAAAUUGAUAUUGGUAGUCCUCCCGAAAAACCUAAAAAUCCAUGGAAGAUUUGUGAAUUACCUCUUUCUAGUAGCAGCCCAAAUUCUAAACCCAUCGAGUUCAAUAAAAUUCUGACAGCCCAGAAAAAGCAAAAGGAAGAUCACUCCAGAAUCAUGACUAAACCACUUACUUUAACACAGCUGGAGGACAAAGCCAUAGAACAGUUGGAAAGAUUCUACAAUAUACAUGAAAUUGAUGAUGAAUUAAUCACAGUGAGACGCAUAGAGCUUCAGGUGUCUUCACCGCAAUGGAUUCACACUGCCCCAAAAUGA